UAAAUAAUGAUUUUGUGGCUUAAUUGCCUUUGCCUAAACAUGACACACCAAUUUCAGGUCUAGUAAUAAACCGACCAGACCUGUUCUGCGCUUUAAGAGUGCAAACAGGUUGCGCGUAAACAUGCUUUCAACAAUUUCCUGUUAACGUUAGAGGCGCCUCUGUUGUUGAUGGCUUCUUGCUGCUAGAUUGAUGUAGCAUUUUACUAGAAACAGCCAUCCAUUGCUUGCUAGCCAAUAUGAUAACAUUUAAUUGGUUGCAAAUGACAACGUAAUGGCGUCUUUACAAUGCUUCUUGUUUUCGUUCGUUAGCCAUCUUUCCGUCUGAUUCAGAACCCUUGACAGUUAAAUGGCAGUCCCCUUCAAAAUCCCCAAGAGAAAACAGCCAUCAGAAGCUGACAACAUGCACAUGCAGUCCCCUCUCUCACGUCUCCGGGAUACCUCCAGCCCAUUCGAGACAAGCUGGUGCAAUGGCUCUUCAAAUGGAAAAACGCCUGAACAGGUUGGCUCUCUGAAUGGACACAUCCCCAGAGCAGGGAAACAGAGCACUCCUAACCGGCUAGUUCUGAGGGAUGUCUGUGAAGCGCGUCUUGGACCUGGACAAUCAGACAAAUGGACCUCCAGCCAGUCAACAGGCUUCCAGAGACCAGCUCAGACCCCAGAACACCAUCCAGUUGCCAGCCAGAGAUGGAAUUCCCCAGAGCACAGCAAAUGGAGAGAGACCCACAUGCCCAGCACACUGCGGAGAUCACCCACUCGCUGUCAGCUAGCAGUCAACGGAACACCUAGGAAGCAGACGGAGUCUCUGACUCAUAAGAAGCCACCUCACAUCCAAUCAAGCCCUGUGACAUCAUCAACACACAAAGCUGAACAAAGACUCCUAGCAGCCUCUCCUCCCUGCUUCAAAAAUGGAUGGCGCCCUAAGAGGGCAUCAGACACACUGUGUCGGGACAAGAAUCAAGAGACGGGGUGUGUGUCGCCACUGCUCAAGACGCGCCGUGCAGAGUUCAGUGGAGAUUCCCAAAUGUCUGUGAGAUGCAGCCCAGUGGAGUCGGAGCAGGAUUCUGCAUCAGAACCAUCUCCAGAAAGAGAGGUGGACAGUUCCUCAAAGACGGACGACAGGCUCUCUGUCUCCCCGGGAGACUCAACAUGGAGGAGACGUGACUCUGGGAUGAAUGGAUCUCCUCCACAAAACACAGAGGAGGGGAAGGGAAGCUCAGGAUCACUGCAGAACCAGAUCAAGGUGACUAGUGGUUCACCAGGGACGGGCCCCAGGGGAAGUGUCCCUGUCCCUGCAUGCCACCAAAGCCAGAGCCCAGAUAGUGACGACCCUCCCGACCGCCCCUUGAUGUCAUGGGCCAGAGGUGCAUCCACAGGGUCCCCGAAACACCCCCUCUCCGCUGUGGCUUCAGUGACCCAGGCCACACAGGAGAAGCAGUUUUCGUUUAGCAGGCCUCCCCUCCGAGCUAACCUCACAGACAGAGAGAGGAGGCCUCCCCUCCGGGCUAACCUCACAGACAGAGAGAGGAGGCCUCCAACCAAGUGUCUCUCCCUCCAUCUCAGGCUGAGGCGGCCCAAGCCCACUUCCACAGAACCUAUUGUGCUUUCCAGUGAGGAUGAGGAGGACAUAGAUGAUGAAGAAGAGUGCCCCAGGCUGAAGACCCCACAACAGAGCCCCAGGCAAGGCCAACCCACCCCAGAAGAACAUGUACCCAAACAGGCUGGAGAGAAGGUCACGGGGUCACAGAGCGUAUCGGAGCACCAACCUGGCAGCACACAGCCACUGCCUCCUAUCAUGGAACUGUCCUUCUCUACACUGCACGCUGGGGUGGUCCGAGCGCAGGCCAAUGGAAACCUGGUGGUAACAGAUGAUGGCAUCACUCUACCGCUGAAAGAUUCCAGGGUGUCAUCCGAGGAGGAGGGGGGGGUGUCAGUGAGCCUGGUGGCGUCCCAGCUCAGAGGGUACGCGGUGUGGGACGGGGGUCUAGCCCAAGACGGGAGUCUCUUCCAGGGUUGUCCCGGCCGAGCGGCCCCCUCCCUGCUCUUCCUCUGGGUGUCUGAGGCCCAGGCCAACCUGGUACAGACAGAGCUCUCAGCCCUCCACCCCGUUACACUGCCUGGUCAGGCCUGUCCAUUCCUCCUCCUGGUCCUAAGAGAACAGCUGGGUGAUCUGCAGGCUGCUCUGCUAGCCUCCAUGCUGGAUGUAGAGGCCUUCCGUCAGGGCCGCUCCUACGACCUGAAGAGUCCCCUGUCCUGGGCAGACGGCCUGGCACUGAUACACAGCUGUCCCCAGGACGCCCACCUCCUCACCCUGCUGGGGCAGAGCCUGGUGGCAGACCCCGGCCUGGGGACAGCAAAGGGGAGCCCCAGUCGGACCAGAGGGAACCACAGAAGCAGUGAGCCUUACUCCAGACUCAAGGGCCUGCUGCCCACCAGGUUGAUCCAGUACCCACCACUCCCUUCCAAGGGAGGAAUCACCGUGACAACAGAGGACCUAGACUGUCUGGACAGCGGCCAGUUCCUCAAUGAUGUCAUCAUCGAUUUCUACCUUAAGUAUCUUCUCCUGGAGCGGGCCCCGGGGCCCCUGGCAGAGAGAUGUCAUGUCUUCAGCAGCUUCUUCUACAAGCAGCUGACCCGCCGGGACACGUCCCUGGAGGAGGAGGCUGCCAUCCCGGCCAGGGACAGGAGACACCAGAGGGUGAGGACAUGGACCCGCCAUGUUGACAUCUUCAACAAGGACUAUCUGUUUGUGCCGGUCAAUCACAAAGCCCACUGGUACCUUGUGGUGAUCUGUUUCCCUGGCCUGGAGCAGGCCCAGCAUGAGGAGUGGUCUGGCCUAGCUGGAGUGGAGGCCAACGGGGGGAAGAGGAAAUGCCAGCCCCAGGCUUCAACUGGGCCUUCUCCAGAGGCCAGCAACCCCAAACUGCAGAACGGAGCAGGGGGAGCCAGUGGGAAACCUACAUUGAAGCCCCACAACCCACCAGCGUGUACCCAAGAUGGUUGUCAGAGGGAGACCAUCAUUAAGAAACCCUGCAUUCUCAUCAUGGACUCCCUGAAGAUCUCUUACCAUGAGAGCAUCUAUAAGCUCUUGCGGGAUUACCUACAUGUAGAGUGGGAGGUGCGUAGAGGAACACGCAGAGACUUCACUGUAGACAGUAUGAAGGCUUCCCACUGUACAGUCCCUCUACAGGACAACAGCAGCGACUGUGGCCUCUACCUCCUGCAGUACGUGGAGAGCUUUCUGCAGAACCCAGUGGUGCACUAUGACCUCCCCCUGCGUUUGGAGCGCUGGUUUCCACGGCAACAGGUGUGGAGGAAGAGGGAGGAGAUCCGGAGCCUGGUGAUGGAGCUGCACGGUUGCCGGGGCAACGGCGGGAGCAGCUGCAGGUAGCCACGGUACCUGAUCAGCAAUGCACUACUACUACAAUACCCCUAAACUGUGAAGGACUUUGACUUUUUAAAUGUACAAUACAUGGAAUAUUUAUACUAUUUUUGUAUUACUAUUUUUUUUAAAUAAAAUGUCACAGGAUGUUUGUUUCUCACUUGUAUGUAAUGUGCAUGUACAAAAUAAUAGGAUCGUAAAAUGGAAUAAAAUUGUUCAUGUAAUGUUUAGUUUUUAUGUUAUGUUAUAGAAGAGGGCAUUUGGAAUGGACAUUAUACACAAGGAUAUGAGUGAGCGCUCAAAUCUAGUUUGCUGAGCAAAAGUGUAACUCAUGUACCCAGAACAGGUUUCUUUUUCAAAUGUCCUUAUGACUCACACAUAAAACCACUAUAAAUAUUAAAGUCAAUAUUACUCAGUUAUUCCUGUUCAGUGUGUCAGGCUGCUGUUUCUGACCAUCAGUCAUAAAGGACUCAAUAUGUACAUGAUUGUUUGCAGCUGCUAAACAAUAGUGUUAUCACUACAGACAAGUCAACACGUUGGCAGUGUUUUAGUUUUGGCUUCUCAUGUUGUAGCUGCUUAGUUUGUAAGAGAAACCCAAUGUUCCAGUGAGGAACACCAAGUAAGCUUACACAAUGACCACUUGUAAUAUGAGGAUUAGAACAGCACCUCUCCCCUGUUCUGUUUACAGGCAGAACUCAAUUCCCCUUUGUGUUUGUGCUGUAUGAAAGUCUAUGGACCUGACUCACUCUCAUAAGAAACAGAAAUAAUUCUCCCCACACAGUAAAGGGUUUCCAUUUGAGUCUCUGUUUGUUUUCACGGUGUAAACAUUGAUUUGUUAAUGGCAUGUUUAUAAUGAUGUAUUUACAAUGAUGUAUUUAUAAUGUGGUAUAUUCCUGGAUUAAAGAUGCCCCCAAAGUCUACCUAGCAACGGCUGGACAGAACUCUCUUCUGUCACCAUCACAAUAUUGUAGAGCGAGAAUCCCAGAUAUGACCUUUUAAGUUAUUGUGUGUUUUUCACACGGGUACAGUUAAUAGGUUUUUCAGUUUGGGUCGUUAACACUAAGUCUGAUAGGAUAUGUGCUUAACCAUAUGUACUUAAUUGGGUUAAGUUGGUCGUUUUUGGAUAAUUGGAGUCUUUGGUGCAGCCUCUCACAGCAUGUGGGCCCCAGACAGAGCCCUCUUAGAUAGGACAGAGCCCUCCUCCACCCCUACUGCUGUUGGAAGGGUAAUGGUCACCCCCCCACACCUCCCAAAUGAGUUGGGCUACCCUUUUCCUAUUCGCCCCAUCCAAAUCUCUACCCCAUUGAUUUAGCCACUGUCAGAAAAUGUCCCCACUACUACAGUAUAAAAACGAGUGUUUAUCAAUUCUUCCAUGUUGUUAUUCUAAUACUAUAUAAUUAUGUUGGCUUUUAUUCUGUCUUAUAGUUCAGUUAAAGCCGUAUAGUCAAAUGCAGUAGCGGGUUUGAAGGUCUAAGUUGUGCUGUUAAGGUAAGGCCAUAGGUCGACUGGUUCACUAUGGAUGGGCUUUAUGGGGUUCAAGGGUUCCAUAGAAUGAACCAAAGACAUCCAUACUGCUUAACUCAUCUUACACCUUCCAGCCUACAACUACUAAUGCAUUGGUUUACGGUCUGUAGAUCAGGACUGAGAUCAAUGUCCUUCCAAUAGACCGGUCCAGAUAGUCAACAGGUAGUCUGGAGACGUGUUUUAUAGAGAACCGUGUUAAAGCAGUUUGAAGUUUUGUUUUAAUUUACAGAUAGUUUAACCCAUUUAAAUGGGCUAACAUCAAAUCUACUUUGUAAUGACAAUAAAGAAACUCCAUUAAGUGA